GAGCCGCCUCGGACCGGGCUGGGGCUGAGGGACGAGGGCGGGGAAAGAGUCGCCAAGUCGCCGCGGAGAACGGGGCGGGCUGGUGGAAACAUGGCGGACCAGAUCCCUCUGUAUCCGGUGCGCAGCGCAGCGGCGGCCGGCCACAAGCGCGCGGCCUACUACAGCGCCGCGGGGCCCGGGCCGGGGGCCGACCGGCGCGGCAGGUACCAGCUGGAGGAUGAGUCUGCCCAUUUGGACGAGAUGCCACUAAUGAUGUCUGAAGAAGGCUUUGAGAAUGAUGAAAGUGAUUACCACACGCUGCCGCGAGCCAGGAUAGAGCGAAGGAAAAGUGGUCUGGAGUGGUUUGUCUGCGGUGGAUGGAAGUUCCUCUGUUCCAGUUGCUGUGAUUGGCUGAUAAAUAUUUGUCAUCGAAAGAAAGAACUAAAAGCUCGAACAGUAUGGCUUGGAUGUCCUGAGAAGAGUGAAGAAAAGCAUCCCAGGAAUUCAAUAAAAAAUCAAAAAUACAAUGUCUUUACCUUUAUACCUGGGGUUUUGUAUGAACAAUUCAAGUUUUUCUUGAAUCUCUAUUUUCUGGUAGUGUCCUGCUCACAGUUUGUACCAGCAUUGAAAAUAGGCUACCUCUACACCUACUGGGCUCCUCUGGGAUUUGUCUUGGCAGUUACUAUCACACGGGAAGCAAUUGAUGAAUUUCGGCGUUUUCAGCGAGAUAAAGAAGUAAAUUCACAACUAUAUAGCAAGCUUACAGUAAGAGGUAAAGUGCAAGUUAAGAGUUCAGACAUACAAGUUGGAGACCUCAUCAUAGUGGAAAAGAAUCAAAGAAUUCCAUCAGACAUGGUAUUUCUUAGAACUUCAGAGAAAGCAGGUUCAUGUUUCAUUCGAACGGACCAGCUGGAUGGUGAGACAGACUGGAAGCUGAAGGUGGCUGUGAGCUGCACUCAAAGGCUGCCGGCCUUGGGGGACCUUUUUUCUAUCAGGGCUUAUGUUUAUGCUCAGAAGCCCCAACUGGAUAUUCAUAGUUUUGAAGGAACCUUUACCAGGGAAGACAGUGACCCUCCCAUUCAUGAAAGUCUCAGCAUAGAAAACACGUUGUGGGCAAGCACCAUUGUUGCCUCAGGUACUGUAAUAGGUGUUGUCAUUUAUACUGGAAAAGAGACUCGAAGUGUAAUGAACACAUCCAAUCCAAAAAAUAAGAUUGGUUUGCUGGACCUCGAGCUCAAUCAGCUGACGAAGGCGCUAUUUCUGGCUUUGGUUGUUCUUUCUGUUGUUAUGGUAACCUUACAGGGAUUUGCAGGCCCUUGGUACCGUAAUCUUUUCCGGUUUCUUCUUCUUUUUUCCUACAUCAUUCCCAUCAGUUUACGUGUGAACUUGGAUAUGGGCAAAGCAGCCUAUGGAUGGAUGAUCAUGAAAGAUGAGAAUAUCCCUGGUACAGUCGUUCGGACCAGCACUAUACCAGAGGAACUGGGGCGCCUCGUGUACUUAUUGACAGAUAAAACAGGAACUCUCACCCAGAAUGAGAUGACAUUCAGGCGGCUCCAUCUGGGCACUGUCUCCUAUGGAGCUGACACAAUGGAUGAGAUCCAGACCCACGUCCUGAGCUCCUACGCACAGGUUCAUCCUCAAACUGGUGGAAACAACCCCAGUUCAACCCCACCGAGAAGAGCCCAGUCUUCAACUCCCAAAGUCAGGAAGAGUGUCAGCAGUCGAGUCCACGAGGCAGUGAAAGCCAUCGCCCUAUGCCACAACGUGACCCCCGUGUAUGAGUCCCAGGCUGGUGUCACUGGGGAGACUGAGUCUGCCGAGGCAGACCAAGACUUCAGUGACGAGAACCGCACCUACCAGGCGUCCAGCCCAGACGAGGUCGCACUGGUGCGGUGGACAGAAAGUGUCGGGCUCACUCUGGUCAGCAGGGACCUCACCUCCAUGCAGCUGAAGACGCCUGGCGGCCAGGUCCUGACCUACUGCAUCCUGCAGGUGUUCCCCUUCACCUCGGAGAGCAAGCGGAUGGGCAUCAUCGUCAGGGAUGAGUCCACAGCAGAAAUCACAUUCUACAUGAAGGGUGCUGACGUUGCUAUGUCCUCCAUCGUCCAGUACAAUGACUGGCUGGAAGAGGAGUGUGGAAACAUGGCUCGGGAAGGGCUGCGAACACUUGUGGUGGCAAAGAAGGCAUUGACGGAAGAGCAGUACCAGGACUUUGAGAGCCGAUACAGUCAAGCCAAGCUGAGCAUCCAUGACCGAGUACUGAAGGUGGCCGCAGUGGUAGAGAGCCUGGAGAGAGAGUUGGAGCUGCUGUGCCUCACCGGUGUAGAGGACCAGCUGCAGGCUGACGUGCGGCCCACGCUGGAGAUGCUGCGCAACGCUGGAAUCAAGAUAUGGAUGCUAACAGGUGAUAAACUGGAGACGGCUACUUGCAUUGCCAAAAGUUCACAUUUGGUGUCUAGAACACAAGACAUUCAUAUUUUUAGACCUGUGACCAGUCGAGGAGAGGCCCAUUUGGAGCUGAAUGCAUUUAGAAGGAAGCACGAUUGUGCACUGGUCAUAUCAGGGGACUCCCUGGAGGUGUGUCUGAAGUACUAUGAGCACGAGCUUGUGGAGCUAGCCUGCCAGUGCCCCGCCGUGGUGUGCUGCCGCUGCUCUCCAACCCAGAAGGCCCACAUUGUGACACUGCUGCGGCAGCACACUGGGAGGCGCACCUGUGCCAUCGGUGACGGAGGAAAUGAUGUGAGCAUGAUUCAGGCAGCAGAUUGUGGCAUUGGGAUUGAGGGAAAGGAGGGGAAGCAGGCCUCGCUGGCAGCGGACUUUUCCAUCACACAGUUCAGACACGUUGGCAGGCUGCUCAUGGUGCACGGGCGGAACAGCUACAAGAGGUCCGCAGCUCUCGGCCAGUUCGUCAUGCACAGGGGCCUCAUUAUCUCCACGAUGCAGGCCGUGUUCUCUUCAGUCUUCUACUUUGCGUCUGUCCCCCUGUACCAGGGAUUUCUCAUGGUGGGGUAUGCAACUAUCUACACCAUGUUUCCAGUGUUCUCCUUAGUGUUAGACCAAGAUGUAAAGCCGGAAAUGGCGAUUCUUUACCCAGAGCUGUACAAGGACCUCACCAAGGGGAGAUCCUUAUCCUUCAAGACCUUCCUCAUCUGGGUUCUGAUCAGCAUUUACCAAGGAGGUAUUCUCAUGUUCGGGGCCCUGGUGCUCUUCGAGGCUGAGUUUGUGCACGUGGUGGCCAUCUCCUUCACAGCACUGGUCUUGACUGAGCUGCUCAUGGUGGCUCUGACCAUCAGGACAUGGCACUGGCUGAUGGUUGUGGCCGAGUUCCUCAGUCUGGGCUGCUAUGUGGCCUCCCUCGCCUUUCUAAAUGAAUAUUUUGGCCUCGUCCAGCUGGAGAUUGUGAAUGAUGGAGACUAUGUCAACGGUCAGACACUGGGUUACCCACCUCCAGAUUGGUCAGUGGCUGGGAAGACCAAGCAUGCUUCCCUCUUAAGGUAUAGGCAGAGUAUCUUUUGGAGCUUUCUUAGAUGUUGCCUUCAUCACGACCGUGCCCUUCCUGUGGAAAGUGUCGGCCAUCACUGUGGUCAGCUGCCUUCCACUCUACGUCCUCAAGUACUUGAAGCGCAAGCUCUCUCCUCCCAGCUACUCCAAGCUGAGCUCCUGAGGGGUCGGCAGCUGCCAGAGGCCUCCAGGCACCGUAGGCCUCUCAGCUGGCUCCUGUGGGAGGUGGGAGGUAGGGGGCUGGGGCCUGCCCUUUCCUCUUUGAUGUCCACUGAGGCAGCACGGGCUUCCACUGGAAAGGAGUCUUGUUCCUUCCCUGCUACUGUAAAGGAUUUGCCCUUCUGAGAGCUGGCAGUGGUUUCUGCAGCUCCCCAGCACUCGAGUUCUCCUUUGAUGUGGAAUAUGAAAGCCACUCCCCUGCACAAUAAAGUCUGCACACUGGGGAA